ACUGCACUGAUGUUUUGGGAUGAAGAUGAAGAGGAAGUAAGCAGAACGACAUCACUUCAGCAGAAGUAGAUAACCACAUUCAGAUCAUCAUAUCCUGAGUGUGCGCUGCUGAACGCUGCACGAACAUGGAGUAGUAAGCUGUCUACAGCGUGUGGAAAUCUAAUGCUGCUGGCCUGGUUUUAGCUUUGAUUUAAGCUUCCUCUCUCUAGCGAUGUCUACGAAAACGUGGCCUCCUGGUACACACUGUGUCGCCAAAAGUGACCACACAAAACCUAAACCCAAUGAAGUCUUCUAUCGCAAAGGAGACAUCCUUACCAUUUUAAGUUUGGAGUUGUUGAUGGGGAAGGCCAUCUACCGGGCCAAGCACAACAGGACAGGUGAAGAAGGUCUGAUCUUUGCUUCUAACAUGCGAGAACGUGAAGCCCUCCGUGUAGACCCCAGUCUCAGCCUCAUGCCAUGGUUCCAUGGGAAAAUCUCAGGUCCGGAGGCUGUCAGCAAACUGCGGCCGAAGGAGGACGGCCUGUUUCUGGUGCGCGAGUCCAUUCGGCACCCCGGUGACUACGUCCUGUGCGUAAGCUUUAAACAAGAGGUCCUUCAUUACCAUGUGAUCUACCAGGAAUCCAAGCUGACAAUUGAUGGGACGCAGUACUUCUACAACCUCAUCGACAUGGUGGAGUUCUACUCGAAGAACAAAGGCAUUAUUGCUACCACACUGCAGAAACCUAAAGAGAAAGAGGGAACUAAGUCAGCUGCACUGCAGCUAUCGAAAAUGGGCUGGCUAUUAGAUCUCUCAAAACUUACUUUAGGAGAAAGUAUUGGACAUGGCGAAUUUGGAGCUGUGUUUCAGGGUGAAUACAUGGGUAGGGCGGUGGCAGUGAAAAACAUAAAGUCUGAUGUCACUGCACAAGCUUUCUUGGAUGAAACUUCUGUUAUGACAAAACUGCAGCAUAAGAAUCUGGUGCAGUUAUUAGGAGUGAUUCUACACAAUGGCCUCUACAUCAUCACAGAAUUUAUGGCAAAGGGUAAUCUGGUGAAUUACUUGCGAUCACGAGGACGCUCAGUUAUCACCAAAGAUGAACUCCUGCAAUACGCUCUAGAUGUGUGUGAAGGGAUGGAGUAUCUGGAGUCAAAGAAACUCGUACACCGGGACCUGGCUGCCCGUAACAUCCUCAUAUCUGAUGACAAUGUUGCCAAGGUCAGUGACUUUGGCCUGGCCAUGAACAACUGUCAGAGCAUUGACAACACAAAGUUACCUGUAAAAUGGACUUCACCUGAGGCCUUAAACAACAAGACGUUCUCUACACGGUCAGACAUUUGGAGUUAUGGUGUGCUUCUAUGGGAAACGUUCUCCUUUGGCAGACAGCCCUACCCCAAAAUGUCUCUGAAGGAGGUGAAGGAGCAGGUGGAGGCGGGAUACCGCAUGGAGUCACCUGAAGACUGUCCAUCUGAAAUCUAUGCCAUCAUGAGGCUCUGUUGGGAGAAGGAUCCCAAAAUGCGACCAUCAUUCCAAAAGCUAAGAGAGCGUCUACAGGCUGAGCUGAACAAACAUGAGUCCGCCACAGAGUCCUGACUUCAUUUUCUUAUUUUCAUUCGCACAUCUGCUUUCUUCAUAGCAGACCAGACAUUUUAUUUACAAAUAAUUACACUAUACUGUACUGGACACAGUAACAACGUUCCUGCUUGUAAACCUGUUCAGCACGAUUUGACAUGGAAUGUACUCUCUAUACUUCACUUGCUAAUUUAUUUUAAUUGUAGAUUAUUUUUUAUAUCUAACACUUUAUUUCAAAAGAGUAUUUCACAAUGGAUGUGUAAUCUACUUAAGUGCGCAUGCAGACCUCAAAGCAAAAGGCAGAAUGAAGCUCCUUUUUGUUUUGAAAACUGGCACACCUGAGGCCUGUUUCACGAAGCCGGUUUACAGUAGGUAGCUACCCAGGAAAGUUUGAGUUUAGUUUGAGUUAAACUCUGUUUUUUCGGUCUCAACCAGGUGAGGUGGUUUUUAGUGGGUUUCAUCGCCAUGGUACUUGUGCUACACAGCUAACCUUCUCCAGAGCAGGUUUUAUUCUGGGUAAGCUCAAACUUAAACCCAACUUGGAAUAAUCAGCUGCGAGCUAAUUGUUAAUAAAUAAUAAAGGCACUUUGAAGGGAAAGAACUUUUAGGGACAGUUACAAUCCCCUGGCUUUCCCCGAUGACCACAUUUAUGAAAGGUAUGGAUUUUCGGCAGAUGGUAUAGUUUAUCUGUGUCGGCUUCUUGUGCCACACAUUAAAAAUCUGACACGCUGAAGCCACACUUACUGUAGCCUUCCGUGAACUGUUUGUGUUGCUUUGCAGUUCUUUGCAAGUGGUACAGAAUUUUAUGUGGUGGCAUUAUUCCUGUCCUAAUAUAUUGUCACAAAUGUAUAUUUAUUUAUUCAUAUGUAAUUAAAAUAAUUUAUAUUAAAUAAAAUAUGUUGGGGUUAUAAAUUUUCAAUCCGUUUAUUCUCACUGUGAGCCUUUAAAAGUAAAAUUAUUAAUUUACACAAUCAGCAAUUUUCCCAAGCUUUGGCAGCCGCAAAGGUGUGAUUUUUGCGGUUAGUGUAGGUUUAACUUCCUCAUAUUUUCGCAUAAUAAUUUCUUUCUCUUCAACCGGAAGUAGGUAUGCACACCUGCUUUUUUCCAUGUUGAACACUAUUGGCUGUUUGCUGUAAACGUCUGGCUUUUAUGUGCACGCGCAUGCUGAGUAAACCUCGAUUUAGAGUUUAAACCUGGGUUGGCUGAGAAAGUUGAUAACCAGCGUCAUGAAAACUGUUAACCUUAAUUAACCCGGAUUGGAUUUGUUUGGUUUUGUCAACUCAAAACUUGCUCUGCAACACAGAGUUUGUUCACCUCGCUUCGUGAAACAGUGAAGAAGAAUCACCCUUUAAUCUACACAUCACAACACUGAGUGCUAUAAUUUGGUCUGUUGAGAACUUUUGUUCUAUACUGCAUUUUUGAAAAUUUCUUUGCCUUUCUGUCUUCAGAAGAUAAAUGUGAACAGCAGAAAUGUAGGGGGAGAGAGAGAGAGACUCUUCUGGAAAUUAAAAUUCAAGAUCAUGAGUA